GCUUCCCUCCCGCCUUCGGCUCGCAGCCGCGCUCUCCCCGCCCCUCACCGCUGCCGGCAGCCGAGCUCCCCCGCGCUCCGCCCGGCCGGCGCCCCCGGGCCCGUUAGUGUCCGCACCCGCUCUCAGGACUGCCGCGCCACGCCGUCCCCGUGCGAGUCCACCCCCGACACCGGACGCGGCCCAGUCCCAGCGCCCAGUGCGGCCGCCCCCGGAGCCGCGGGAGCGGCGACGGGAGGAGGGAGAGGAGAGCCGAGCUGGCGGCCAGGGAGGCCCGGUUUGGAAGCCCUUCUCUGCCCGAGUUAGUUCUCUCCCGGCUCUAUUUCUUUCUCUACAUACUUUGCGCGAAUAAGUUUUGGAGCAUCGGUUAACAGCCUGUGGGUGAAAUUUGGUUUUCAUUCUUGAGUGAGGAAUUAUUCUUGAUAGAAGUAUAUUAAAAGAAAAACCUGUACAAUGGCCUCAGCAGUACUAAGUUCUGUUCCCACUACUGCUUCUCGUUUUGCCCUGUUGCAAGUGGAUAGUGGCAGUGGUUCUGAUUCUGAACCUGGAAAAGGUAAAGGUCGGAAUACUGGCAAGUCUCAAACGAGCAAAUCAACUACAAAUGAGAGAAAAAGAGAAAAAAGAAGAAAAAAGAAGGAGCAGCAACAGAGUGAAGCAAAUGAGCUCAGGAAUCUUGCUUUUAAGAAAAUUCCCCAGAAAUCUUCCCAUGCCAUUUGUAAUGUUCAACAUGAGCUUUUAUUACCAAACCCAGUGCAGAAGGAGUCACGAGAAGAAAACUGGCAAGAGUGGAGACAACGAGAUGAGCAGCUGACAUCUGAAAUGUUUGAAGCGGAUCUUGAGAAGGCAUUGUUGCUAAGUAAAUUAGAAUAUGAAGAACACAAAAAGGAGUAUGAAAAUCCUGAAAAUGCUUCGGCUCAAUCAAAGGUUAUGAAUAAAAAAGAUAAAAGAAAGAAUCAUCAGGGAAAAGACAAACCUCUCACAGUGUCACUAAAAGAUUUUCAAACUGAAGAUCACAUUAGUAAAAAGACUGAGGAAUUGAGUUCUUCUCAGACUUUAUCACAUGGUGGAGGAUUCUUCAAUAGACUGGAAGAUGAUGUUCAUAAAAUUCUUAUUAGAGAAAAAAGAAGAGAACAGCUUACAGAAUAUAAUGGAACAGAUAAUUGUGCAGCUCAUGAAAACAACCAGGAAGUAGUUCUGAAGGAUGGAAGAAUUGAAAGACUAAAGUUGGAACUUGAAAGGAAAGAUGCUGAAAUCCAGAAGAUGAAAAAUGUCAUCACUCAAUGGGAGGCAAAGUAUAAAGAAGUAAAGGCAAGAAAUGCACAGUUACUGAAAAUGCUUCAGGAAGGUGAAAUGAAAGAUAAAGCAGAAAUACUUCUACAAGUUGAUGAAUCACAAAGUAUCAAGAAUGAGCUAACUAUUCAGGUGACUUCACUUCAUGCUGCAUUAGAGCAAGAAAGAUCUAAAGUGAAAGUAUUACAAGCAGAAUUAGCCAAGUACCAGGGUGGCAGAAAAGGGAAAAGAAACUCUGAAUCUGACCAGUGUAGGUGAUUCCAUUAGCCUUUGAGGUCAACAACUAAAAUUAAAACUUUCAGGGUUUUGGAAAAAUGUAUAUAUUUAAUGCUGUGCAACUGCUAAACUAUGCAGUUUUUGUUGAAGAAACUUAAAAUGAUUAGCUCACUAACAGUCUAUAAUUUUAUGUCCUUUUGGCUUAAAGUGAAAAGAAGAAAAAUUGAAUUCCAGCAGAACUCAAUUUGUUGUUUACUAUCCAUACUUCUUUUCACUUUAGUUUUUCAUCAGUCAAUAAAGUUAAUUUACUCUUCCA